GUUCUUCUUCUUGGAGGCUUGUUCUUACUCUGGUGGAAGGCUAAGCAUAAAGGCUACAAGCGUGAAGUUUUCGUAGAUGUUGCAGGGGAAGUUGACAGACGAAUUGCAUUUGGUCAGUUGAAAAGAUUUGCAUGGAGGGAAUUACAACUAGCUACAGAGAACUUCAGUGAGAAAAAUGUCCUUGGACAGGGAGGUUUUGGAAAGGUUUAUAAAGGAGUGCUUGCAGACAACACAAAAGUUGCCGUGAAACGGUUGACUGAUUAUGAGAGUCCUGGUGGGGAUGCAGCAUUCCAGCGUGAAGUUGAGAUGAUAAGCGUGGCUGUUCACAGGAACCUCUUACGACUGAUCGGCUUUUGCACCACACCAACAGAACGCCUUCUGGUGUAUCCCUUUAUGCAGAACUUAAGUGUUGCUUAUUGUCUAAGAGAAUUUAAACCAGGGGAGGCUGUUUUAGACUGGCCUACAAGAAAACGAGUGGCUUUAGGCACAGCACGUGGUCUAGAGUAUCUUCAUGAACAUUGUAAUCCCAAAAUCAUCCAUCGAGAUGUUAAGGCUGCUAAUGUGUUGCUGGAUGAAGAUUUCGAAGCUGUUGUUGGUGACUUUGGCUUGGCAAAAUUGGUUGAUGUGAGAAAGACUAACGUUACGACUCAAGUUCGUGGAACCAUGGGUCACAUAGCUCCAGAGUACUUGUCAACUGGGAAGUCAUCAGAAAGGACAGAUGUUUUUGGAUAUGGAAUUAUGCUUCUAGAGCUUGUAACAGGCCAACGAGCCAUAGACUUUUCACGCCUGGAAGAAGAAGAUGAUGUCUUAUUACUUGAUCAUGUCAAGAAAUUGCAAAGGGAGAAAAGACUAGAUGCUAUUGUAGACCGCAAUCUGAAUGACAAUUUCAACAUCGAAGAAGUUGAGAUGAUGAUUCAGGUUGCAUUGCUCUGCACCCAAGCAUCACCAGAGGACCGACCAGCGAUGUCAGACGUGGUCCGGAUGCUAGAAGGAGAGGGUCUUUCUGAGAGGUGGGAAGAAUGGCAGCAUGUUGAAGUUACCCGUAGGCAAGAGUAUGAGAGAUUACAGAGAAGAUUUGACUGGGGAGAAGAUUCUAUUUAUAACCAGGUGGCUAUUGAGUUGUCUGGUGGAAGAUGA